CGCCCCCAGUCAGUUAGCGCGGCCCAUCCUUGGCCAAUUAACGCGACUUCCAACGCGUUUUCCAGGAACGGCCAGGCAGCCAGCAGCCAGUACCAGGUGUCUCGACUCUCUCGAAAUUCACACUUCGAUCGCUCGCCCUCCAACGGUCCGCCCCAGAUACCCACCAAUCUCGCAGCCCUCCAUCGCCCAGACACAGAGAAAAAACAUGACGAGUACACAACUCCAAGGCCCGCUCUUCGCGCACCCGCCCGGCCAAACAAUCGUCAACUACUCCCCCGACGGCAGAUACCUCUACACCGCCGGCACGAAUACGUUCAUAAGGAAAUACACCACCGCGUCAGAGGACGAGCCGGUGACGAUCGAUACCACGGCGGAUAACACGGGGAUCGUGGCUACCAAUGACAAAAUCAUUUCCUGCAGCGAGGACUGUUCAGUCAGCGUCUUCUCCUCGGCGACCAACACUCCCGAGCGGCUGCUUCUGCGGACAAACCUGCCGGCACGAGGCCUCGCGCUCUCCCCAGACGGCAGCUGGCUCGCGGUAGCCAGCGACGACCGCGUGGUGAAGCUCGUCAACCUGUCGGACCCAACACGCGUGCUCACGCUGCGCGGGCAGAGCAACAGCAAUAAGCACGUAUCGUACGACCCUUCGGGGAAGUACAUUGCAGUGUCGUGCACGGACGGGGCGGUGUACGUGUACACGCUCUCUGGCGCGGAGCCGGAGCCGGAGCUGGUGCAGACGGUGGACGGGGUGAUUCUGCGGGUGGAGGCGGCGGGCGAGGCAAGUGCAAAGGUCGCGUGGUGUCCGGAUGGCCGCGCGUUUGCGGCGCCGACGGCGACGGGGGAUGUCGUUAUUGUUGACUGCCGGGAGUGGAAGCGGCAGAGGAGCUUUGCGGGAGCGCAUACAGCUGAGAUCACGGAUUUUGCUUGGAGCCCGAAUGGUGCGUUCUUGGUCAGUGCUGCGAAGGAUGGGAAGAUUGUCGUGUGGGAGGCCGCCGGCCAGACCGUCGUCGCGACGUAUUUGCAUAGGAAUGUUUGCGCGCUGGCGUGGCAUCCCAGUGAGAAUACUAUCUCGUUCACAACUACAGAGGGCAGGCUGUAUACCCUCCCCGGGGUCGUGCCCGGCGAGAUCGCUGGAAGGUUGAAGCUUUCCACACGACCGGCCCCGCUGAUAGAGGACUCCGACGCUGCCUCGACCACUACCAAAGCCGUCCGCAGCGGGCAAGGAAGACCCGGUCGCCGAGCAUCUCCGGAUCCGCUGGACGGUAUUCUUGGUGCCGGGACAGACGACGAAGGCGAGUUAGACGGGGACGAGGAAGUGUUCGACUGGAUAGAAAACGACGACAACGACUCAGACCGGGGGCCCAACGUGGCCAGCAAGCGUAAACUCGACACCACGGGGAUCGUCGUGGGAGGCCGCGAGCCCAAGCGUCCCGCCUACGUAUGGACACCGACGAUCCACGAGCCGUUCCAGCCCUCGGCCACGCCGUGGCGCGGAAAGCGUCGCUACCUGUGUCUCAACAUGGUCGGGUUCGUGUGGACGGUCGACCAGGACACGCACAACACUGUGACGGUCGAGUUCCACGACCGCGAGUCGUUCCGCGACGUGCACUUCACCGACCAAUUCCUGUACGACAAAGCGUGUCUCAACGAGACAGGCGGUCUCUUCUCGUGCCAGCCGCAGGCCGAAAGCGGCAGCCCAGCAAUGCUCUACUACCGCCCGCACGAGUCCUGGGCCAACCGCGGCGACUGGCGCACCAGUCUCCCGGACGGCGAGGAGAUCACUAGCAUCGCGCUGUCGGAUAACUACAUUGUGGCGUGCACCAACACGGGGUACGUCCGGGUGUUCACGCUCUUUGGCAUCCCGUUCCGGAUCUACAGGCAGAAACACACGCCGGUGGUGACGUGCGCCAGCUACCGCGACUACGUGCUCAUCCUGGGGAACGGCGCGGUGGGCGCCGACGGGAAGACGCAGCUCACAUACACGCUCGAGAACAUCGCGCGCGACGAGACGCUGCAGAGCAACGAUGUGGUGGCCCUGCCGCCGGGCGGUGAGCUAAAGAGCGUGUUCUUUUCGGAAAACGGUGAUCCGGCGAUCUACGAUUCCGACGGCGUGCUGCUGGUGCUGCAGCACUGGCGCGAGGUGGGACAGGCCCGCUGGACGCCGCUGCUGGAUACGAGGACGCUAGAGCGGCUGGCUGGAGGCAGGCGCGAGGAGAAGUACUGGCCCGUUGCGGUCGCGCAGGAUAAAUUUCACUGCAUCAUCCUCAAGGGCGGAGAACAAUACCCGUACUUCCCGCGGCCGUUGCUGAGCGAAUUCGAUUUCAAGAUCCCGCUGGUUGGAAAACCGGCCGAGACCGCUGCAGAGCCCAAGGGCACCGAUGUGUUGGAGGAGACAUACGUGCGCAACAGCAUACUGCUAUCCCUUCAGCGUGACAGCGCGACGGCAAGGACUCUCAGCGCUGAGGAGCGCAUGGAAAUCGUCGACCGCGAGAACGGCAUCGAUCGUGCUCUGCUGCAGCUGCUGAUGAUAGCGUGUAAAGAAGAGGAUCAGGGAGCGAAGGCUCUCGAGAUUUGUGGGCUGUUCAGGCAGAAGCGCACGCUCGAUAUGGCGGUCAAGGUCGCUAUCAAAUAUGAUCGCUCCGUGCUGGCCGGGAAGAUUGGGGAUCUGAGGAAUAAAUUGGAGAUGGCGAUGGAGAUGGAGGAUGACUAGAUACUCGGUACUAUAGAUGGGGAUGCGAUGCGUAAUUGGUUGGCUG